UCUCUCUCUCUCUCUCUCUCUAUCUCUCUCUCUCCUCCGUGUCUUGCUCCUCUUCCUCCCCUCGAAACCCUAACCCUAACCCUAGCUCCGUUCUCGAGAAGCUCUCUCUCUCGCUCUACCAUGGCGGGAGUCGGCCCAUUCACGCAGGACUGGGAGCCGGUGGUGGUCCGGAAGAAGGCGCCCACCGCCGCCGCGAAGAAGGACGAGAAGGCCGUCAACGCCGCCCGCCGCAGCGGCGCCGAGAUCGAGACCAUGAAGAAGUCUAACGCUGGUACAAACAAAGCUGCUUCUAGCAGCACAUCUUUAAACACAAGGAAGCUUGAUGAGGAAACAGAGAAUCUUUCUCAUGAACGAGUGUCGACCGACCUAAAGAGGAACAUCAUGCAAGCUCGACUGGACAAGAAGUUAACCCAGGCUCAACUUGCACAGAUGAUCAAUGAGAAGCCACAAAUCAUUCAGGAGUACGAAUCCGGCAAAGCCAUUCCGAACCAGCAGUUAAUUUCCAAACUGGAGAGGGUUCUCGGCGUGAAGCUGCGAGGCAAAAAGUGAUACCGAACUCUUGCAAGAACCCUUUCUUCGUCUGAAAUCUGGAAUAAGAAAGUUUCGCGCAUCCCGCGUCACCUCUGUUUGUUUUUGUGCAGUUCAUGUUAAUGCAUGUGUGAGAAAGUCUUGUUCCAAGAGUUGUGUCUGACUUAACACAAAUCUUUGGGCUUAAUCUAAUGAUGUGAUCCACUUUAUAAUCUUGCUCGUCUUUGAUUUCA